AUGACCUUUGAAGCAGUGUGUGGAAGUGGAACCCCAAACCUCGGUGGCAUGGGUCCGGAGCUGCUGCUGGACUCCAGUAUUCGCCUGUGGGUGGUCCUCCCCAUCGUCUUCAUCACCUUCUUCUCUGGCCUCCUCCGUCAUCAUGUGUCCGCUCUGCUGCAGAGGGACAAGGAGGCGGGGCUCGAGGCCAUCUCCGACAGUCAGGUUUUACUGCGAAGCCGAAUCCUCCGAGAGAACGGGAAGUACCUGCCACAACACUCGUUCAUGAUGAGGAAACACUACUUCAACAACUCAGAGACCGGAUUCUUCAAGAAGACCAAGAGGAAAGUCAUCCCCAAGAACCCCCUCACUGACAGUAGUAUGGUGCUGGACAUGAUGAAAGGAAACCUGACCAACGUUCUGCCCAUGAUCGUGAUCGGAGGUUGGAUCAACUGGGCCUUCUCUGGCUUUCUCACUACCAAAGUUCCUUUCCCUCUCACCCUGAGGUUUAAGCCGAUGCUGCAGAGAGGAGUGGACCUGGUCUCACUGGAUGCUUCCUGGGUAAGCUCCGCCUCCUGGUACUUCCUCAACGUCUUUGGACUGCGCCGGAUGUACACGCUGGUCCUGGGACACGACAACUUUGUGGACCAGACUCAGAUCCUCCAGGACCAGAUGACCGGCUCUGCCAUGAACAUGCCCCCAGACCCCAACAAGGCCUUUAAGAGUGAGUGGGAGGCACUGCAGGUGGUGGAACACAAAUGGGCUUUGGAGAAUGUGGAGGAGGAGCUGAUGGCCCACAGCCUGGACCUAAGCUGCUCCUGA